AUGGCUCCAAAGAAGAAUGAAGGAUCGACAAAAAGAAUUAUGAACAAAGGCGCAUGGACAGCAGAGGAAGAUAGAAAACUUGCAGAAUACAUUGAGAUUCAUGGUGCAAAGAGAUGGAAGACAGUGGCUUCCAUAGCAGGUUUGAAUCGAUGUGGGAAGAGUUGCAGAUUGAGAUGGUUGAAUUAUUUGAGACCCAACAUUAAGAGAGGCAACAUUUCUGAUGAUGAAGAGGACUUGAUACUUAGGCUUCACAAGCUACUAGGAAACAGGUGGUCUUUGAUUGCCGGAAGGCUUCCUGGGCGAACAGACAACGAAAUUAAGAACUAUUGGAAUUCUCAUUUGAGCAAAAAAAUCAAUCAUAAGGAGAAAACACUGCAGAAUUCAAGAGCUCAAGAGACUGCUACACCUUCCCAGAAAGACAGCGGUACUGAGGGGGAUGAAGAAGAAGGAGGAGGAAAAGAAAGUGUGAACAAUUCGGAUGUUAAUUUCGAUGUAAAUGAGUUCUUUGACUUCUCUGCUGAAGGCUCCUAUGGGCUGGAAUGGGUGAACAAGUUUCUUGAGCUUGAUGAAGACACCAUGAAUUACAGUGAAAAGGUCAGCAAUAUUAUGUAG